CCCAUCUUAAUUUUAUCCUUCUAGUUGUCUGAGACAUUUGGAACAAAUUUAGCCAUUCUCUGAUCUUCCGAAUUUCACUUCAAGUGUUAUGGCAAAUUUUGGAACUACGCAGAGAAUACCCACCUCCUUGACACCUUCAUCCACUAUUAAUACUCAUGAACCAAAAGGACCUCAAGAAAAGCUAUACAGUGAUUUGAAAAUCUACUGGCCCUUUAACAUUCCCUUGACUUCAGAAGCUGCAGCAAUUCGCAUCAUAAGAAACUUGAAGAAUCUUGGGGUAUAUUACACACUCUUUUUGUGGAUCAUACUCUUCAUAACUCUCAUCCCUCAGCGUAAGAUGUCCUUGAUUCUGUUGGUUAUCAUGACCUAUGUGACUACCCUUUACUGUUUAAUGCUAAGGGCAUGUCCCAAUUCUGUUGUGCUUCAUAGAAGCAUAGAUAAAAGAUUUGUAUUGGCUUUGUUAAUAUUUGCAACAGUUGUGCAGCUGAUUUUGACUGAAGCAGGUAUUCAUCUUGCAGUGACUUUAGCUUGUGCUGUGCCUAUAGUUUUGUUGCAUGCAGUUUUAUGGGUUAGUCACUAUGCCUUUGAGAUUGAGGAUACUUCUUCUUGUACUCAAGAAAUGGCUCAUCUUGCUGGCCAUAAAGAAGCAGAGAAUGUUUGAUUUUUGUUGUUAAUAUAUAUUAAUCCUCUCUAUAGUUUUAACUUGCAAUUGCAAAUUGUAAGCGAUUAUUGCAAUGCAGGUUACAGUGUGUGUGCUUGGAAUUAUUUUAAGUUUGUACAACUUUCAUUUGUUUUUUUAUUCAUAAUUCAUUUAAUAAGACUUUAUAUAUACUAUCUUAUUAAAUUAGUUAGGUAGAAGUUUUUAUAUAAGAGGUAAGUUAUAUUUACAAACUACUUGUUUGCAAACUCUUACCCGAGAAUGCAUUUCUAACCGAGUCUAUUCCUAGGAAUACAUAGUUGAGUUUGUAAUUAUAAUU